UUCAGCAACGUUCGGCUUUGGUUCGAUCCUUCAAAUCUCUGAUUGGACCGCAAUUACCAGUUCUUCUUUCUUCCAUCUCUCUCGGCUGACCUUUUUCUCUUUCCUCAAGUCGUCAACAAUGGCACCCCCCACGCCAUCGUCGACAUCAACAACAUCCAGGGGUUGGGUCAGAAAUCUUUCAUCAAUCGCAUCUCGCAUCUUCUUCUUCCUUAUCAUACUUCAGAUCCCUCUCUUCAGGAUCCCAUGCAGAUCUGGCAUGUGUACUACUCCUUUGCACGUGACUUCAUCCCAGUUGAUUGCAAGUGAAGUCUUUCCUGCACCUGUUGUUAAGGCACUUCUCUAUCCUGGAGCAAUCGUGAAUGGACUUGUUAUGAACUUGACAGUUCCUAGCUGGAGUAACUUGUUAGACAUAUAUAACUUGACCAAUGUGAAGGAAGCCUCUGCUGUGACUGAUCUUCAACGUUUAGAGGUUCUUGCUGGAAGCUAUUUCUCAGUGGCUGGCGCCUUUGUGGGUCUUUUGAAGCCCGGGAGGAUGAGCAUGUUCGGAACGCUAUUGGUAAUUUGGGGUCUUGUUAAGGAAGGAAUCCUUGGAAAACCAGUGAACACAGAUCCUACAAAAUCUGUUUAUGUUUAUCCUACAAUGAUUCUUGCCGUGAUCUGUGCUUUCUCUUCGGUUAAGUAUGAUGUGAAGAAGGUAGUUAGGAGUGCCCCUGCUCGACCCAUUGCAAAGCCUCUUCAAAGCUCAUCAAAAUCUAAGCUUAAGUGAGUCCAAAUGUAAUUUCCUUCUACUGGUUCUGUUUGGUUCUUACUCCUGAAGAGCUCAGACAUCACUUAUGAAUGCUAGUCUUAUUUUCUGGAUUGAUUAGUUGUCUUGAAAUAGAAAUACAACAUUCUUUCUUAGAGAUUCUUUUCAGAA